AUGGAAGAAGAAUUUCUUGAAUCAGAAAUCAUUUUCUCCGAAUACCCACUACAUGAAAAAGACGAUAUCCAAAAUGAAGUUGACAUCCGAAUCCAGAUUAUCAAGGAUCCUGCUGCUCCGGUGAAAAUUCCAAGAAAGUUUAAUUCUUUUCCGGUGAGAAUCCCAGAGACGUCUGUACGGCAGAAUUGCUCAUGGCCGACUAAUUUUCCGGCAAGGGAAGAUGAAAUCGACGGCGGCGGCGAGAUUGUGCCGCCGCAUUUGAUAAUCGGACAAAGAGUUGUUAGUUCGGAGAAAAUGGCGUUCUCUGUUUGCAGCGGUUAUGGAAGAACACUUAAAGGAAGAGAGUUGAGACAUGUUAGAAAUACAAUCCUCAAAAUGACAGGUUUCUUGGAAACGUGA